AGCACAGUAGUCAUGCCGCGAGUUUCCACUUGGCUUAACGCGCCGCGGAUAUCGGCGGGUCUGCUGCGCGUUUGUUUCUACUAUGCCACCGUGUUUGGUGUGGUCACAUUUCGGAUCGGGCUGCGGGAUGAUGACUGCCAAUUGGUGGCGUGCAGUCGCAAUGGAUACAAAUGGCUCUCCAUGCUGAUCCGCGUGCUGGGCAGCUGCUUCUACGGCUACAGCUAUGGGGCCUGGGCCGACCAGUACACGGACUGGUAUCUGCGGCUAUUCUUUGGACUGCGCCUGGUCGGCUGUCUGGUGUGCAGUGCCAUCAUACUGGUGCUGCAGCUCUGCUACGAGAAGAGGAUCCUGCACCUGAUCAACACUUUCUUUGCGCUCUUUCGGCGCUUGAGGAGGCUGACAGGGACGACGCUGGAGGAGGAGGGCUUUGGCGGCAGCUUGGAACUGACGCUGCUGAGCGUCAAACUACUGUCGCUGGCCUUUGUGUUCCUCGCCUUCCGGCUGCAGUAUUCGCCCUGGGUGUUGCUCACAAUGCUGUGCGAUCUGUACACGUCCAUUGGCACGGGCAUGAUCGUGCAUUUUUGCUUUGUGGGCUACCUCAGCAUCGGGGUACUCUAUGCGGCGUUGAAUCGCUAUGUGGAUCAGCAGUUGCGCUCGCAGCUCAGCUCACUGCCACACCAGGGGGCGGAUGUGCAGGCCCAAGCCAAUCUGGACGAGUGUCUGGCCAUUUACGAGUGCAUCCACCAGGUGACACGCUCCUUCCAGCAGCUCUUCGAUCUGCCGCUAUGCCUGAGCCUCGUGCAAAAUCUCUCCGCCAUGGCGAUGGUCUCCUACCAUGCCAUCAUGCGCAGGGAGUAUCACUUCAGCCUGUGGGGCCUGGUGCUCAAGCUGCUCAUUGACGUGAUCCUGCUGACCCUGGCCGUACAUGUGGCGGUCAGUGGUUCGCGUUUGGUGCGUCGACUGAGCCUGGAGAACUAUGCCGUUGGCCAGACUAAAAGCUGUCACAUCACGCUGGAGAUCUUUCUGGGCCGACUCAAUCACCAGCAGUUGCGUGUGUGUCCUUUGGGCCUGUUCGAGGUGUCCAAUGAGCUCACCCUGUUCUUUCUCUCCGCCAUGGUCACAUAUCUGACCUUUCUGGUUCAGUAUGGCAUUCAGACGAAGCAAUUUUGAUUCCCCCAUCACGCUUUUGAUUGCAAUGUUGCACACACACACACCUGUCCGCUGCCCA